AUGUCCGACAACAUCACCCCCCUCGCAUCUCUAUCCCUCACCCACGUGUACUACAACCCCAACGACCCCCUCUCGCACCUCUGCGCCUUCCUCGCCCUCGUCCCCCAAGCCCUCUGCGUCGUCUACGCCACCCUCCUCUGGUCCACCCGCGAAGCCGAAGUCCUCCUAAUGUUCCUCGGCCAACUAACCUGCGAACUCAUCAACUUCGUCCUCAAACGCCUCAUCAAAGAAGAACGCCCAAAACACGUCAUCAGCACCGGUGGAAAGGGGUACGGCAUGCCAUCAUCACACGCGCAAUUCGCCGUCUUUUGGGCGGUAGCACUGGGGUUAUUUCUCAUGGUCAGGCACAGGCCGCCAAGGUCCCACAUCAAAAAGGGGCAGAUGCAGAAGGAAAAGGCAGAAGGAAAAGAAGAAGGGCCGGCGCUGGUUGACGUGCCGAGACGGUACAAGGAGGGUGGGUUGCGGGCUGUGAAUGCGCAUUUGGAGGCGUAUUCCCACACGCCGUGGUCGUGGGCGCAGAGGGCGGUGGUGAGCUUGGCUGCGGGGGUUGUGGCGGUUUUGGUGGCCUGGAGUCGGAUUUAUCUUGGGUAUCAUACGCCUAAGCAGGUGCUGGCUGGGUCGGCGGCUGGGGCUGUGAGUGCGGUGGCUUGGUUUGCUGUUACUUAUAUGUUGAGGGAGACGGGGUUGUUGGCGUGGGGGUUGGAGUUUCCUGUUGCCAGGUGGCUGAGGAUACGAGACUUGGUGGUGGAGGAGGACUUGUGUCAGGCUGGGUGGGAGAAGUGGGAAGAGCGGAGGAUAUUGGCUCUGAGUAAGUUGAAGGAAAAGAACAAGUAA